CGCAGGGACAGACGCCGGCGACAGCCAGCGAGGCCAGCGACGGCCCCCCCGCCUGCGCCCUGUCACCCCAUGGCGCCCAUCGGCCUCUGGGCCGCGCUGGCCGUCGGACUGCAGCUCUGGGUCGCGGCGCGCGCCAUUCCCGCCCCGGUUCUACACACCCCCUACACCCCGGAGCCCGGACACUCUUGUCAGCAGAAGGAAUAUUAUGAGAAGAACAUCCAGAUGUGCUGCAGCAUGUGUCCACCUGGCCAUCACAUGCGGUUCUACUGCACCAGGACCUCGGACACCGUGUGCGAACCCUGUCAGAGCAGCACCUACACCCAGCUCUGGAACUGGCUCCCCGAGUGCUUGAGCUGUGACUCCCGCUGCACCUCGGACCAGGUGGAGACUCAGGCCUGCACUCGGGACCAGAACCGCAUCUGCACCUGCAGGCCCGGCUGGUACUGCAUGCUGGUGCGGCAGGAGGGCUGCCGCCUGUGCAUGCCCCUUCGCAAGUGCCCCCCCGGCAUGGGUGUCACCAAGCCAGGAUCCUCCAUCUCAAAUGUGGUCUGCGCUCCCUGCGCCCCAGGGACGUUCUCUGACACUGAGUCCUCCACCGACACUUGCAGGCCCCACAGGAGCUGCCGCUCCGUGGCCGUCCCUGGCAACGCGAGCAGGGAUGCAGUCUGCAGCGGGGAGUCGGCCCCCACCACCUCCAGAGCGACCUUGGGCUCCGACCCCACGCCUCGGCCCAAGUCCACCGCCUCCCUGCACAGGGAGCCAACUCCAGGGCCCAGCCUGGCUGCCAGCACCUCCCUGCUGCCCCCGCUGGGCCCCAGUCCCCCCAUGGAAGGAAUCAUCACAGGCACCAUGGCCCUCCCCAUCGGACUGAUUGUGGGCGUGACAGCCUUGGGCCUGCUCCUCAUAGGGCUGGUGAACUGCAUCAUCCUGACCCACAGGAAAAAGAGACCCUUCUGCCUGCAAGGAGAAGCCAAAGUGCCUCACCUGCCCGCUGAUAAGGUCCGGGGCGCGCCGGGCCUGGAGCAGCAGCACCUGCUGACCACGGCGCCCAGCUCCAGCAGCAGCUCCCUGGAGAGCUCAGCCACCAGCACGGACAAGAGCCGUGUGCAGGCCCUGGGCACAGAGAAGCGCCAUGGGCCUGGGGAGGCCCGGGCCAGCUCCCGGGGCUCAGAGCCUUCGCCUGGCGGCCACGGGACCCACGUCAACGUCACCUGCAUCGUGAACGUGUGCAGCGGCUCCGACCACGACGCUCAGUGCCCCUGGCAGGCCUGCUCUGCAGCCGGGGACGCGCACACCAGCCCUCCAGGCUCCCAGAAGGACGAGCAGGUUCCCUUCUCCAAGGAGGAAUGUGCUUUCCAUUCCCAUUCGGGGGGGCUAGAGACUUUGCUGCAGGGUCUGGAGGAGAAGCCACUGCCUCUCGGUGUGCCGGACGCCGGCAUGAAACCCAGUUAACCCAGCCGGCCUGGGCCAUGCCACGCCACGGUGGGCUGAGCCUGAAGACCCCACGCGGGGACCUCACCCAGGACUUUGUUCCCUUUCUGGAUCAGUCUCCCCACAUGGCCUCCACAACCUCAUUGUCAGAGGGAGGCUGGAAUUUAGGGGAGCCUCUUCUCUUGCCAGUGCGGUCUCAGAAACUUGCUGGACAAGGAUGGGGGUGCGCUGGGCUGCCCACGGGAGCUCCUGCCUGUCCGACAGCCACCCCCAGCCGGCCCUAUGAGCUUGACUUCUACAGCUCUUCUUUCUGUGUGUUUUGUUUAUUUGUCUGAGCCCCUGGGAGGCUCUGGCUCCCUGGGAGGCCCUCACGACCAUUCUCCUGGGGGUCCACUGCCCGAGCCUCAUGAAGUGGGGCCCCGAGAACAAGGGCUGCGCUUGAGCCUGAUCUCUGAGACUACAGCACAGUGCCAGCAGCUGGGGGUGUCAUUGGCCUGCUGGUGCUGUGCAGGAGGAGGUGGCAGCCCCUGUAGUGGACAAGAGUGUCCCGAGGCGCUAAGGAUCUUGGGAACCACCUCCUCCAAGCCUGCUUCCGCUCGCUCCAUCUUGUUCUAGGCCUAGACCCCAGUUUACCCACAUCUCGGCCCCACCUCCCUCCUCCCUGGGAGGCCACACUCUUAUCAGGGAAUGUCAGGAACUCGAGAAGACCCCAACCGUCUCUCUACCUACCUCAGCCUGGCCCUUCCUCCUUCCACUCCCAAGGGGGUUCCCCUGUCUUCCCGAGCGCCCCUCUCUGUUCCUGGAGUCCCAGGCCCCAGGAGAGCCAUGGAGCUACCUGCACUGAGCCCACCGUGACCCCCAGUGGACCAGCGAUGCUGACAACAGGCCCCACGUUCGUGGCUGUGUUGCUGUGGCUGUGUUACCGUGGCUGUCGGAUCGAGUGGCCGGCCCUGAAGCAGCCAAAGCAGCAGUUUUUGCCAAGGAAUUCUUCUUCACUCACCAGCCAGCCCCCUUUGGAGAGUGGACGAGUGUGGCCUUGAGCAGAUUCUGGAAGGAAGGCCAGGGACUCCUUCAGAAGCCCAUUUGGUCAGGGGUGCUUAGAUCCCUUGCUGAAAAAUUCUACUGGACUAGAACUUGGCAGCUGAACUUUUGGGGGUUAGCGAGCCCAGCAUCACUGUGGAGUCAGGCCUGCCUCUGUCAGGAGACCCCCCCCCCCUCAGGAUAUCCCCCCUGCUUGGCCUGAGCAGCCACUGCCCAUCGGACCCGCAGGGCGAUGGAGCUCUUCUGCCCCCUGGUGGCUGUCCUGUAGGGCUGCAGGCCUAUGGCCUCAGAUCACCUGGCACAGGAGGGCUAGAGAGAACUGGGGUGUGGCUGAGGCUCCCCAGCUUGUGUGAUUGCAAGACAUCAAGUCUGCACUGUAUAUCAGCAGAUUCCUGCUUACGAGUAAACCUUUGUGA